AUGGAUCUAAAAGUAACAAAGUUGAUACGUCAAUCUGUUCCUAACAUUGACGAUGCAAUCGUCGACUACGUGGUUGGUUAUCUCGACGAAAAUUCGUCACUUGCCGACGGAGAAGAUGUCAUAUCAGAUUUUGUUCGUCCAAUUUUGGUUGAUGCAGGUGGGGACGAAGCAAGAAUUCAAAAACUUUGUGAAAAACUAGCUGAGCUUUUUGCACAAGUCUCCAAAGGCUCAAAGAAUGACAUUUCCAAGGGUAGUGGGCUUAAUAAAUUAGAACAACCAGUAAAUAUGCUUUCAAAAAAUUCGAUAUCUGCAACUGCUGGUUUGGUUUCGCAGGCAAUAGAUUUGGAAGCCGUUAGUGGAAGAAAACUCGGAACGCGAGUUGAUACAAAAAAGUUGGAAAAAGCUGAAGCCAAGAUAAAAUCAAAAAUAGAGAAAAGAGAACGACGAUCUAAUUAUGAAUCAAGUAAAUUGUUAUCAAAGAAAAAUAACGAUGCCGAAUUUUACAUGAAAGUAAAUCCGAUUCUGGACUAUACUACUACCAAAGGGAAACUUAAGGAUGUCAAGAUAGAAAACUUUGAUAUUUCAUUUGGUGGAAAGAGAAUUUUGACUAAUGCGACAUUGACGCUAGUCUAUGGUAGAAGAUAUGGUCUAGUCGGAAGAAAUGGUAUUGGAAAAUCUACGUUGCUGAGAACCAUGUCGAGAAGAGAAAUUAGUGUACCAACUCAUAUCAGUAUUCUACAUGUGGAGCAGGAGAUGGUUGGUGAUGAUACAUCAGCAAUUCAGGCAGUGCUGAGUGCCGACAUCUGGAGAGAACAUCUAUUGAAUGAAGAAAUAAAUUUAAACGAAAAAAUUAACGAACUAGAAAAGUUACUUGGAGGCGAAUCAGAUAUUGAUUCUAUUGAAAAUGAGAAGGAAGCCAUUAACUCACGGUUAAAGGAAGUGUAUCAAAAGCUGGAAGAGAUAGAAAGUGAUAAGGCCGAGUCACGUGCCGCUGCUAUUCUAUCUGGUCUAGGGUUUCCAUCAGAUAAGCAUCGUUCUCCGACAAAAACAUUUUCCGGCGGUUGGAGGAUGCGUCUUGCUUUGGCAAGAGCACUAUUCUGUCGUCCUGAUUUGUUAUUAUUGGAUGAACCCACUAAUAUGUUAGAUAUUCCUGCUGUUGCAUGGUUAGAACAAUACCUCAAAAAAUGGCCAAGCACUUUGCUAGUCGUUUCUCACGAUAGAGAAUUUCUGGAUGAAGUGGCAACUGAUAUUUUACAUCAACACUCUGAGCGUCUUGAUUACUAUAAGGGUAAUUUUACACAGUUUUAUGCUACUAAAGAAGAACGACGCAAAAACCACUUACGUGAAUACGAAAGUCAGAUGCAAUAUAGGCAACACUUGCAAGAUUUUAUUGAUCGUUGGAGAUACAAUGCCAAAAGAGGACCACAGGCUCAGAGUAAGAUCAAGAUAUUGGAGAAACUUCCUGUUCUGGAACCACCAGAGGUAGAGACUGGCGUCACAUUUAGAUUCCCCGACCCAGAUUCGUUGAGUCCGCCCAUUCUUCAAUUGGACGAUGUCACUUUUGGAUAUGAAAAUGGUCCCACAAUAUUAACGAAUGUCAGCCUCUCUGUUCAACUGGAUUCGCGAAUAGCAGUUGUGGGCCCUAAUGGAGCGGGUAAAUCAACUCUGCUGAAACUGCUAACCGGCAUUUUGGAGGCGCGUUCUGGGCAAAUACAUCGACAUGGGCGCCUUAGGUUCGCACAUUUUAUGCAACAUCAUGUGGAUCAAUUGGAUCUUAAUACAAGCGCAGUAGGGUUUAUGUCCCAAAAGUAUCCAGGCAAGAUUGAAGAGGAAUACCGACGUCAAUUAGGCAAUUUUGGAAUAACAGGUGUGACAGGGUUACAACCACUAGAAACUCUUUCUGGUGGUCAGAAAAGUAGAGUCUCCUUUGCAUGUUUGGGCUUACAGAAUCCUCAUAUUUUAAUAUUGGACGAGCCUACCAAUCAUCUCGACAUGGACUCGAUAGAUGCCCUGACAAAUGCCCUUAGAGAAUUUAAGGGAGGGGUUAUCCUUGUAUCCCACGAUGAACGGUUCAUCGAUUCUGUAUGUAAAGAAAUUUGGGUCUGUGAAUCUGGUAAGCCUAGUACUCUUGAGAUAUUAGCUCAGUUUACGGUAGAAUUUAAUAUAGCUCGAGUUGUUUUAUUGGAUAUUUACUUUUAA